AACCAGUUCAAACAAUGUACUUGAUUUUAUCAAGACAUCGUGAAUCUCAGUCACGCUCAUUUUAGUAUAAAUAAAGCGCCAAGCGUUGUGGAGAAUCGUUUCAUGAUCUUGUGAUCCGAGACAGCACGUACACGAUGUCAGACAAAAGCCGAGUUUUCGUGUGGACCAUGCUGUUAUCUUCUUUAUGUCAUCCAAUACAAGCAUUUCUGCUGUCUGGAGGCGACGUUUGUUUCGGAAUAUGCAACUGCGUUGAAGAGAUGCAGCGGAUUAUAUUUCUAGACGAAACGGAAGUGAAACUAGUACGAUGCGAAGAGAGGGAUCUCAGAUCUAUACCAAACUUUGCUAUUCAGAAUCUUCCUACGGGAUUUUACCCUGGUGGAAAAAACUUUACCGUUGACUUGCAUAGCAAUUAUAUACAAACUGUUCCUGAUAAAGCGUUUGGAGACCUUCCAAAGCUGUCCAACGUUGACCUCUUUGGAAUUAUUUUAUACAAUAAUUCAAUAUCGUCCGUAAGCGAUUCGGCAUUUCUUGGUCUAGAAAAUACUAGAGUUGUUUUAAAUUUCGGACUUAAUAAUUUGACGACAAUCCCUCGAGCACUGCGUAUUCUAAGACAAAUCGAGUUGUUAUCUAUAGAAGAAAAUCCGAUUAUGACCUUAGAGGCUUCAAUGAUUGAACACAUCAGUCCCUUGUUACAAUUCAGUUUAAAUUUGACUUUGUAUAAUAGCUGGCCAGUAGAACUCAAUAAUCUCCAUGUACAAUACUUUUGGUUGUAUGGUUACUCUGGAAAUUCGUUUCAGAAUUUCGAUGUACAUGGCAUCGGUCAACGUGGGAUUGAGUUAGAAAUAGCAGGGACGGACAUUGUAGAUCUAAGUGAUGUGAUUUGUAACAAUCAGAUAAACGUCUCCAAGCUUUGGCUUUGGGACAAUUACAAAGUAGAUAUUAGGCAUUUUGAAAGGUGUAGUCAAGGAGCGGUCAUGCAAAAUAUUUUGGAAUUGGAGCUUACUAGCUUUUUCUUCGGAAGAAUCCCGAACUUCGUUCACACACUGAAUAAACUAGAAUUUUUCCGUUGUGCAUUUAGUAAUAUCACCGAAAUUAAUGCUAACGACUUUCGAGGACUCACAGAGCUAAAAGUAUUGUAUCUUGAUAACAACCGAAUCACAACAAUACAUCCACAUGCAUUUGACACAAACACAAAACUUCGCAACUUGUAUCUAUACCAUAACAUGUUGACGCAUAUUCCAGAUAGUGUCGUAAAUUUAAAUCUCGAGUCGUUGGAUAUGGAUACUAUCGUUUGCACAUGCUCAAAUUGGCAAAAUCUGAAACAAAUUAAUUCAACAUUUGCCGAUAGUAUGUACUGCAUGGACAACACGAACUCUGUUAAAAACGCCCGCGAUGCCUGUCCCUGAUAAAAUUGUCAACUGAUCGACAUAUAAUAACAUUUGAAAAUCAUUGACUACAUAUUUUCACAAUGGUGAAAGAAAAUGCCGAACGUAAGAUCCGAUUUUGACGAUUUUUUAUCGCAAUUUUGUAUAUUUGGUGUUAAUUGUUUACUUCUUUGCCUUGCCUAAUGUUGAAAAUACACGGACGAUUAUGGAUCAUGUUGUUCACAUUUUUUGGAUGUGUGUCUCGUUUAGAUCUGUGUUUAAAACUAGCAUAUAUCUACAAGGUAUGCAGGCAUGGCGUGUAUGUUAACACAAAUAUGUAAACUUGAAUUCAAAUUAGGAUAUGUAACAAUAGUAUUUAAAUGCGCAUAAAGGUUCUAUACUGUCAUGUUGUUGAAUGUUGAUUCGAGGUAAUCACAUAUUUGUUCAUCUGACGGUGAAUGGUGUUUUAUAUAUCAUAAUGUGAACAUGGAAGUGUUUUCGUUAUUAAAUGUUUCACUUUAUUGAAUUUCUGAAUGUGUGAAUAUCAAGAUGACAUUUGAUUGUUGUGCAUGGUUUCUAAUUGUAAUAAAGUAUAUUAAUUAUA